UGGGUCUUGUAGUUAUACAGUUCACAUGAUCUGCGCGGCCCUCAGCAAGGUUGUUACGAAUAUGGCUAUGCGUUACCUUCGGGCGGCUGGAGAGAAUCUGCAUCAUUUAAAGUGUUUAAUAUCGCACACCACCAGGAUUAACAAGGGAUCCCAGUGCUUGUUCAGUUCGGCUGCACAUCAGAGAAGCGCUGGGGACGAGAACAAUGUGGACGACUCCGAGGACGAGUCAGGGAAAACUGUAACAGUUCGCAUGCUCGAAAUGAGAGCAAGUAAACUUGAAGAACAAGUUCAAGAUCUCACAGCGAGAUAUAAGAAAGCUUUAGCUGAUUCUGAUACAGUCAGAAGAAGAACUCAAAAAUUUGUGGAGGAUGCAAAGAUCUUUGGUAUCCAGAGUUUCUGCAAAGAUUUAGUAGAAGUUGCAGAUAUGCUGGCGAAGUCCACAGAUAGUGUGUCUGAGGAGGAGCUCGGUGAUCAAAACCCAACUCUCAAGAACCUUUAUGACGGACUUUUGCUCAUUCAAGAGCAGUUGCACAGUGUGUUUGGCAAGCAUGGGCUUCAAAAGAUGACGCCCAUUGGUGGCAAAUAUGACCCCUAUCAGCAUGAAAUUGUCUGCCACGUAGCAGCCGAUGGUUCAGAGCCUGGCACAGUAACGGUUGUAACCCACGAAGGGUAUCAACUUCAUGGGCGCACAAUUAGGCACGCACAUGUCGGAGUAGCAGUCGAAUCCCAAGAUUGACAGCAACUCCAUUUCAACUGAGACCUACUUCAGCUUGGCAUUGCCUCUUAUGAUUUCCUGUCUUCUGAGCUAAUUAUAUAUAUAUAAAAAUAUAACAAACAAACAUUUGUAUUGCACCUUUUGCUUCUUAAUAUCCUGUACAGUCUUUAUAUAUUUCAUUUUGCAAAUUAUGCUUUUAUAUUUUUUUAUUUGAUACUUAGUUGCUGCUGGUCAUUCACAGAAUGUAGGAUUUGUUACCAAUUUUCAAGGUACCGUAAUUGUUUGAGAUUUUCACCCUCAACAAUUGACUCAUAUCACAAUUGAAAGUUCAAACUUUUCUCUUGCAAAAGUAAGACUUUCAGUAUUAUAAAUUAUCCUUAAAUUGUUUAGUUUAAAUCUUUAUUGUGACGGUUACUGCACUGAGUGGUUAAGUAGAUCUCCCUUUUCCCAGAUUUUUUUUUCCCAGUAUAACCACAGAUAGGUGGUUGAUGCAAUCCAGGGUGGUUUCUCCCCAGUGCUAUAAAAUGUGCUUAUAUAAUCAGCUAUGGCUUGCUAUGUCAGUUUUUAGGUUGAUCAAUUCAACCCCCAAGUCACUUAAUUAAAGGUUUAUUCUAGUUUGGAAUACCAGCAAAUUAUUUAAUUGUGUGACUUUGUAUAUUUAGCACCAGUUGUUUGUUACGUUAGCAUUUUUCGAGUGAUUCGUCACAAGUUCUAUCGCCAUAUGAGGUUUUCAAUAUUUGCUUUUGGAAAAGGCAUAUGGAAACAAAAGUCUUGAUUUUAGUAUUGUCAUAAAAGAUAAGAGAUGCGAGGUGUGUUCUACAGUUUGACCCUGAAAGCAGCUAAUAAUGUAUGGGCCUGAGAUUAAAUGAGUGCAUGGGAUAAUGCAUGUGUACAUGUUGUGUAGAGUAGAGCAAUUUAAGACAAGGAUAUUAAAGAAAGUUAAAUCCAUUUGUUUUUUUGUAUUUUGUAUUUAAUUUGCUUGUAGCACAUCAAGAACAAAGUUGUGUUUAUUGAAACAUUGUAUUUCCUUUGGAGGCUGAUACUUGCCCACGCAAAUGGUUACCAGUGUCGGGUUGUUUAAAAACUGUUCUCUCUUCAACAUGGAGGUUAUCUGUCAUAUCCUGCGUGAAAAACGGCAAGUUGGCUAGUUUGUCUUGUUAAUACAAGAAUGUUUCAGUAAAAGUGUUAAUCUUCCAUUCUGUUUUACUAUUUAAUAAUACUUUUGUGACUGGCACUGUUUGUUAUUGCUUUGGUAAUAUAAACUUUGCAUUACAGUAUUACAUUUGUUUGUGCAGAUUAAAAUACCCCAAAUGAAA